AUGGCACGCUCAACGAGCCAAGCGUACAGGCACUUUCGCACCGCCCUUGCCCUGUGGCCCAAGGACAACCUCCGCCCCGAGACCCAGUUCAACGAGAUCAUCCAGAGAGGCAUCGAGAGGAGGUACACAGCGCCCAACGUCGUCGACGAGGCAAACGAGCUCAAGCAGGCGAAUGCGCUAUUCGCCCUGGCUGAUGAUCGCUUCAAGAAGAGGUUCCCCCUCAAUGGCCAACUUCUCAAGCCCGCGAGCCAGCCGACCUACUUCCAAGACCUGUUGAGAGAGCUCGAGGAGGCCCCUACCAGAGGAUGGCUGAAGAACAUGUCCAAGAAAUUGUCAGGCAUGUUCCGGUUCGAAUAG